AUGUUGGCUCGAGUUCCGCGCGGUGGCCUUGUGCCGUUGCUCCGGCAGACUUGCAGGCACUUUGGUGCAUUGCCAGCAGAGGAAUUGAGCGGCGCAGCGUCAGCAGAACAGCAGCAGUUCAUUGACCGCGAGGACCGCUAUGGAGCCCACAACUAUGCACCAGUCCCGGUGGUGCUGACCCGCGGCGAGGGUGUGCAUGUCUGGGACGUAGACGGCAAGAAGUACUAUGACUUCUUGUCUGCUUACUCCGCCGUCAACCAAGGUCACUGCCAUCCAAAGAUUGUGUCAGCGCUCAUCGACCAGGUGCCGCGACUGUCGCUGACCUCACGGGCCUUCUACAAUGAUGUGCUGGGAGAGUAUGAGGAGUACAUCACCAAGCUCUUCGGCUAUGACAAGGUCCUCCCCAUGAACACUGGCGUGGAGGGAGGAGAGACGGCCAUCAAGCUGGCCAGGCGAUGGGGAUAUGAUGUGAAGGGUGUGCCCAAAAACCAAGCCAAGGUGCUCUUUGCGGAGGACAAUUUCUGGGGAAGAACACUGGCCGCUAUAUCAUCGUCGACAGAUCCUGAAAGCUUUGGCGGAUUUGGGCCAUUCAUGCCGGGCUUUGAAGUGAUCCCCUACAAUGAUCUGAAGGCCUUGGAAGCCAAGCUGGAGGCAGACCCCAACAUUGUAGCUUUCAUGGUGGAACCCAUCCAGGGCGAGGCGGGCAUAGUGAUACCGGACCCGGGCUACCUGGCGGGCGCGCAGAAGCUGCUGAAGGAGCACAAUGCGCUGCUGAUCGCGGACGAGGUUCAGACGGGGCUGGCGCGCACCGGGCGCAUGCUGGCAUCCGAGUAUGGCGGCGUCCACCCGGACAUCCUCGUCCUGGGCAAGGCACUCUCCGGCGGCGUCUACCCUGUGUCAGCUGUCCUUGCAAACGACGAGGUGAUGCUGACGAUCAAGAGGGGCCAGCACGGCAGCACAUAUGGCGGCAACCCGGUGGCCGCCAAAGUGGCGCUUGCCGCGCUGCAGGUGAUUGUGGACGAGAACCUGGUGGACAACUCCUACAAGCUGGGCCAGCUGCUGCGGCACGAGCUACAGGCCAUCCAGUCCAGGAUCAUCACAGAGGUGCGCGGCAAGGGCCUGCUGAAUGCGGUGGUGGUGCGGCCGGAUGUGAGCCCGAGUGCGUGGGACAUUUGCUUACGGCUGAAGGAGAACGGCCUGCUGGCCAAGCCCACGCACGGCAAUAUCAUCCGCCUGGCGCCGCCGCUAACCCUCACCGAGGAGCAGCUGCUGGAGUGCGCUGACAUCUUCCGCCGCACCAUUUUGUCCUUCCCCCAGUGACCCGCCCCAGUGCAGCCAGGAAUAUAUUUAAAGUGACUGCAAGACAUACAAGGCAGAGCGGAGUAUAGAAAGUAGAUCUGUGCGCCCCAGGCACCCACGAGAGGGGCAGGUGUCAAAGCCCUAUCUGCCUGACUUGCAGAGGCCUGGCAUGCAUGAAUGACCCUGAGGACGUGACGUGCAGUGCGACUGAUUUUGGACUCAGUAAUGUAUGAGAGUUGCACAGCAACUGCUGCUGGGGCAUUGCUUGCCAAGACAGUGUCGAAUUGUGUUGGGUUUUAGUUACUGUAGUUGUGGACAUAUGCAUGUGUUGGAUAGUCGAGAACUUGAGAGCUCAAGUGGUGUUCUUUUUGGGGUUACAGAAGAUGUUGCAAGCAGCAGUGACAUUGUUAGUGGCUUUGUCGUCAUUUUGAUUUCUAUUCUGAAUUUUAUCUUGGUAUGGAAGACUGAAGGGUCGUUCAUGGGAUCAGAGGCACUGGUACCCCAUCCACUGCUCAUUACAUGGGUGGCAAGCACACCAUGGCCACUGGCAAUGAAUCAAAAUUUCUAUCUGGGGAUUGUAACAAUCAUCGCAGACGCUUUACUGGACAUUGCAAAAUUGACGUGACACUUAGCAGUUCUGAAGGGAGCAUCAAUCAUGAGAGCAUUCAAGCAGGCGGGUCUAGAUCUGCAAAAGUAAUAUAAGGCUAAUGUGACCAAGUCAUUUAUGGAUCAAACACUAUUGCACCAGACUGGUUGAUAGAAACCACUCAUUUGUUGCAGCAGUUGCAUCAGGCUUCCCCUGUCUGCAUGCCCUGUGCCACUGCGUGGCAAUUACCCACUCGUGUGGAAGACGCAUAAUAUGUAAAACCAUUAAUGCUGCUAUGUCCGCUCAGCACAAACUUCUUCUCCGCCACGUCCUCAUCUCAGCCAGCAAAAUGGCUGCUGUCUGCUGUUCUAGUAGAAUCUAGAAGCGCACAAUAAUCCAGACAGCGUAGAUGAUCCCUGGCAAGUAUCCAAGGAUGGUGAGCAGGACAUCAAUCCAGAAGUCCCUGUCGCAAGCUCCCUUCUCCAGGAAGACUCCCAAUGGCGGCAAGAGGACGGCCGCAACGAGCUUGAGGAUGUCCGAGAGCGUGACUGCCAUCGUGAGCUGGACUGUUGGUACCGGGAGAGAAAGGCUGCGAAAGCAGUGAGCUUUGCAACAAUUUCAGCAAUUGCAGGCAAAGGAAAUCAACAG